AUGUCCCGCUGGAGCGAAUCUAUCUACAGCGAACCGAAUACAUCGAGGGAUUCGCAUCACGGGUUUCUUACGGAGUUGGACGCUCGCCUCUAUGAAGGAGUGCCUAUGAACGACCCGCUACUGGACGCUGAGGCAGGCGAAUGGGCGGCACGAUUCGUGCACCUACGUGUGCGAGGAGUGAAGUGCAGGAUGUCAACAGGAAGACCAGAUGGAGGCGGAAGCAAUGGAGGCACACGCAAACUACCCAACGAAGUCGCUACCACGAUGUUGCCAGCAGCGGCCGAAGCGAACGCGGUUCGUUCGAGUAGGACGUCACCAGUGAAGAAAGGCUCCAGCUCAGCAGGCGGUGACUCAUUCCACAUCCGACCAUUUGCCCAAAUUAAAGGAUAUGAAAAGAUAACAAUGUAA